AUGCGGCAGCCAACUUACCCUCUCGGAACCGUCCUAGCUUAUGGCAGUUGUGGCAAGGAAAGAAUUGCCUUGGAUUCUAGGCCUGCGCAUAAAGGCAAAUUAUGCCGCUAUCCGCAUCGACAAUGUUUAAGAAAACCAAUUACUGGGUAUUCCUACUGUGUUCGCCAUAUCUUACGUGAUAAAAACAGCCCUUAUGUGCAAUGUAGCUAUGUUGGAAAAGUUGGCAAAAACUCUGGUAAACAGUGCUUUUUCGCAGCUCUGAAGAAUCCACAACACAAAAGCCAACUAUGCAAAUUUCAUCAUCAACAACAACAACGUAAGCAAACCAAGAAACUACCAUGUAAAGGCAAAAAGAAAAAAAUUGCCAUUGGUGAAAUGAUACUAAAUCACUUACAGAGUUGUUAUGAUCCAACUACCUCUACCAAUGCUAACAAUAAAAGUAACAAGAAACGAAACAAAAAUCCAACUCCGUUAACUCCAUCCAAUAAACGAAACGAUUCGCAAUCUCAAUUCUCUGAUGAUGAGAUUGUUAUAAACAAUGAUAACGAAGCCAGUAGCACAUUUGCAAAAUUACCUGUUGAAGAUGUCUGGCGAGGAGAUGCUGAUAGCGAAGCGGAAUCUGACGGCAUGGAUGAAGACUUUCAGUUAUUAAAGAAUGCCAAUGUCUACACUGAAAAGGAAGCUUGUAAAAUUUAUUGUCAAAAAUUAUCAAAGUUAAAAGAAUUAUAUAAUGAUCAGUUGGAUUGGAUGCAAUCCCUUUUACGAAAAAAAAGGAAACAGUAUUUGGCGUCUGUCAAAGGAGUCGAAGAUUUAACAGGCGUCAAGAGUGAAGGAGAGACGAUUCGUUCUUACGCUACUGCGGCUUAUCGACGUUAUCAAACAAAGUUUGGUAAAGAAGCUCUCUUGUUGAAGCAUACAAAAGAAAAGGAUGGAAAAGUUACGAGCUAUAAGGGAUUAACCCAACGAUGCAUUUACAACAAGAAUGGAGUUAAAUGUUCGAGAAGGUGCUUACCAUUGACCAAAUACUGUUCCAGACAUAUCUGCUUCGAUUCUGAACAAGUCUUGUUUCGGAAAUGCUCAUUUAUUGGCAGUAAUCAACAUUCUUGCUCGUAUUCUGUUAGUUUAAUCAGUGAUAUCUCUACUUGCCCGUUACAUACACAACCGAAAAUUGAAGAUAAGGGAAAUCAGUCAGUCGACGGUGAUGUAACUUCAACAAAUAACACCCUGGGUAAUAACAUAAAUACAGUUCAUAGUAUUAGCAAUGUCAACAACGAUAAUGAGCAGGAUGAAAUUGUGGUGGAUGACAUUUAA